CCCCGUCAGUCCCGCGGUCCUCGCGCGCUCAUCAGUCCCGCUAACCCCUUUGCUUCAGGACAAAUACAGGUGGCGGAGACACUCUACAUCAAAUCACCGGCAUCGCACUGCUACCUACAGGUGGCGGAGAGAAAACGCUCUACUUAAGGACUUUACUUCAUCACCCAAAUACAACGCGGUGUAGAACGGUUAACGGGACCGGUUGAAGGAAAACUCGCUGCGGUUACAGAACAGCGGAGAGACGACAGCCUCGCCUGGAAGCUGUCCACAGCCCCUGAUGGCGGCCCACCUGUGCAUCCUGCUCCUCCUGACAGCCAUCCGCCUGGCCCACGGAGCCGAACCUGCCCACGGAGCCGAACCUGCCCACGGAGCCGAACCUGCCCACGGAGCCGAACCUGCCCACGGAGCCGAACCCGGCCCGCUGGCCCACGGAGCCGAACCUGCCCACGGAGCCGAACCCGGCCCGCUGGCCCACGGAGCCGAACCUGCCCACGGAGCCGAACCCGGCCCACUGGCUCCAUGGCCAGACACAGAAGCCCCGCGGGAACGAGACUCGGGCACGACACGGGAACCCUGGGAACGUGCUUUGUUGGAAGACAUGGCCCGCGUACUGGGGGCUCUGGCUUUGUAUGACGCAGACAUGGAAGUCAUGAACCAGGAAGAGACGUCACCGCCCUUCACACACGGGGGUGCGGAGUUGGGACAACUUCUGACGGACAGUUUCUUACUCCAGAGUACAGACAAACGCCAGAGUCCGGGGAAACGGCAGAGUCCGGGGAAACGGCAGAGUCCGGGGAAACGGCAGAGUCCGGGGAAGCGGCAGAGUCCGGGGAAACGGCAGAGUCCAGGCAAAAGAGGUGAUGACGAAAUAACCCUGCCUAUGGGGCUUCGCUAAAACCCGUUUUUCUCUUCAGCUCUCAGUGAGU